AUGCAAACUUUCAACAGGCCUAUGCUGAUCGUAUUCAGUUCAUUGAUGGAGAAUACCACGUACCCUUGCCAUGGAGAGCCGAUCACCCGGAACAAUCUCAAUGCAAGCCGGGGACGCCUUCUGCAGACGACUACCAGAUUGAAACAUCUGAACCUGAUGCCAGCCUAUUGUAAGGUGAUGAAAGAAAAUAUACAGAAAGGUUGGGUAGAAGAAGUAAAAAACCCCGAAACUGCCCUCCUGGAAAAAGACUGCUACUAUCUACCACAUUUUUACAUCCUCAAAGAUAGCGAAACCACUCCACUGAGGAUAGUAUUUGAUGCUAACUGCGGUCAACCUUCAUUGAACACUUGUCUGUACAAAGGGCCUAAGAUGAUCACCAAUCUUUCCCAGUUAUUGACACUUUUCCGCACAGGAAAAGUUGGUUUAGUUGCCGACAUAGCUCGAGCUUUUCUUUCCGUGAAAUUGCUGGAAAGCGAAAGAAAAUAUGUCCGGUUCCUUUGGUACAAAGACAAUGACCCCAACAAAGAGGUCAUCCCGUUUCACUGCAAUACAGUGAUAUUCGGAAAUGUUUCAAGCCCCUUCUCAUUGGCUAUUGUUUUAACGGAACACUUAGCUAACCAUAGCAAUCCAAUCGCCAAGGAUAUGGCAAAGAAACUCUAUGUUGACAAUCUUCUCACAUCUGUGAACAGUGACGCUGAAGCAUUGGAUUAUUAUGCUCGGUCGAGGCACAUCAUGAGUGAAGGGUCUUUCCUACUCCGACAGUGGGCUAGUAACUCAGCCGCCCUCACUGACCACGCCAGAGCAGAAAACAUGUCCACAAAAAGCGCCACGGCGGUCACAACCUUGGGUUUGAAAUGGAAUAAAGUGAAUGACACGCUAGCUUUAGCUCCGAAGUCGUCCCCAAAAACUGACUCGGUCACCAAACGUCAGGUCCUUUCAGAAACAUCAUCUGUUUUCGACCCGUUAGGUUAUGUUUCGCCAUUGAUUGUUCCUGCACGAAAGUUUGUAAAUGAACUGUGGUCCAAAGGAAAAUCGUGGGAUGAACCACUGACACCUGAGGAAGUCAAACAAUGGGACAAAAUCCGGAUAUCUAUUUCUCGAGCAUCAGAGUUUAACAUACCCCGCGGACUUGGCAUGAGGUCAGAUUCGCCUGUUACUCUAGUGGUGUUCUGCGAUGGAACUCCAGUAACUGCAUCAGCAUGUGUGGUAUACAUGAAACAAGACAAUAACAUUCGGCUACUUGGCUCCAAAAACAAGCUUGUGUCAAACUCAGGAUUCACAACACCCAAAUGCGAGCUGCAGGCAAUGGUCAUUGGCUCGAAAUACGGACAGUGGCUGAAGGAAACCUACGCGGAAUCCUAUCCCAUCAUCACUAUGCUCUACCUACCCGAUUCACAGGUAGCGCUACACUGGAUCAAUUCAGACAAAAAAUUGACUCCAUUUGUAAACUAG